AUGUCGGAGAACAGGAACAAGAUCUUUGCUGUAUAUACACCAGAUUUGCCUGGACGACAUGUUUUUGGCGACUUGAAGGAUGCCAAAAAACUUUGUUCAUCACCUGCCUGUAAGUUUUUAAUGGUCUUGUUUUGUUUUUAGGUUUUAUGGAAGGAUGGAACAGUGGAAUAGAUAGCAGAAUAGAUUUAGAAGGUUUAUGAGGUUAAAAUUUGAAAGAAAGUUGAGGUUUAAUCAAAGAAUCUUAAAGUUACAUUGUGUUAGGUAGCAGAAAAACUAAAAUUUAAUGUUUUGGCCUGAUUCUAGGUUAUAUUUGUUGAUCUAAGGUUUUGUAGAAAGGAAAUAGUUUAAGGAAUUUUUAUUUUAUACAAAGCAUCGAAAAAGUUUGGCUUCGAACUUGGUUUUUUGAGGUUAUAUUAUCAUAGACAUCACUAUAUCCAGAUUUUUGGUUUCUAAUGAAUUUUACUUUAUAAAUUAACUUUUAUUAUAAAAUUUCAGCUAGGUUUAAAAUAUGUGCGUCACAAGAAGAGGUUGACGAGUUCUACAACUUGGUAAAGGACGUUAAGCCUAUCAACGAUGUUAACAAGGUGAUAGAACCGAAGACACCUUAUAGCGAGCCAAAAGGACCGAUGUUGAGUAAAUUUCGGAUUGUAAUUGAAAAGCUUGAAAACGACAGGUUUGAUGAACUCGUAGAAGAGAAUCCAAGGUAUUUGGUUAAUACAAGUGGCGAGAAACCGACGAUUUUACAUAAUGGGAUCAGGUAUGGUGGUUAAUAUUAUCUUUUUUUGUUUUCAGGCUAUUUCUUUUGAGAAAGUUGAUAUUUUUUGAAAUUAUAUGGCAAAAAAAGGUUUCGUGAAGGGUUUUGAAGUUAAAUGACUUUAUUUUAGGCACAACGCUUUACAUGUAGCAUGUAUCAAAGGCAAUUUGUACGUGGCAAGUCAAGUGUUGAAGCUGGUAUGUUCUCCCGAGUUUAUGACGAAUGCUUUUGGAUCAGAUAUUGGAAUAGAGGAUAAAUGUACUCAUUUUUUGGAUCUUUUCUUAAACUUACCCGAUAAGAAUACCCAUCAAACACCAUUGCAUUUGGCCUCGAAGAAUGGUCAUCCUGACAUUGUCAAGCUACUCAUGGGCUAUAAACAGCUGGUAAAGGAGCCUUUGAAUAAGUAAGUUGUCUUUCCAUGGUUAAAUUGGGUUUUUAGGUAUAAAUUGGGAUGCAAAAGCAAUACUUUCUAUAUAUGCGAUGUUUUAGAUAUAACAUUACAUAUUACUUUAGGUACGACGAAAACCCGGCCGAUCUUGCCGCCUCAGGGCUUCGAGGAGCUUCAGAAUUGGAAAAACGUCGUUGUGCGAAGCUUAUCGUCAAAUACCUAAAGUCAACUAUGUACUACAUAGCAUUUUAUCGCCUAGUCGGCGAAGUAGGCCGACCUCAACACGUGAUCUUUGAUGAAAAACCCCCGCCGGACUUAUAUGAUAUACCCGAAGCUGAUCUCAAGAGAUGCUUACGAUCGCAGAUUGUGAAUGUAAAAGGUUUUGAACAAGGGAUUCAUACUGUAAAACACUUUGAAAGGGAUAAUAUUGGACCAUCAGGUGAUUUUAUUGGAACUUUUGCUAAUGUUUCAGUAAAUGGAUCGCUUUUGAAUAACGAUAGCUCACCUGCAAGUGGGUCUAGUAUGGGGAGGAGGAAGGUGAUGAGAGAGUUCUAUUUGAGCUGCUUUAUGGGACCAUUUGUUGGCGAGGAGGAUUGUCACGAAUGCUUUUUGGUGAGUAAAGUUCAUUUUGUUUUGGGUUAUAUUUUUGAUUUUUUUACGAUAUUGUAAAAAAGGGUUCUGUAAAUUUAAAAAUUUUUAUUUAGAAAGUGCUUCUUUUAAAUUUUUAAAAUUUUAACAUUAAUUUUUCAUUUAGAAAUGGAAAGAAUCAAAGAUAAAUCUCUGCUUGACCAGGCCUCUGGACGGCUACGAAAGGGUCGGCAAAGAAUUGGCAAACGAGUACAAGGUUCAAUUUGUCAAUCUUCAAAAUGAAACGGAAGAAGACAUCGAAGCAGGUGAUGAGUUUUAUGAUGCCAACGAUCAUUUUGUGGAUCAACCGGGUCUAUCUGGCAUAACUGAUCAGAAGCCUAUGGUCAAUGAGGAAAAACUUGAAGAGCAAAAAGAAAACAUUGCUCAAGGGAAUAUGGAUGUAGAAGCACCUCAAGACGACAACGAUAUCUUCUACGACGCUCCAGCAAAUCAAGAUCUCGACGAUUUGGCCGAUAUUUUCGGCACAAAAUGCCAUCUACACAGCCCACUUAGCAAUGGAAAUUGA